AUGUCUGUCCCCAUAAAAUCUUCAACCAUUGCCACUGCUAUUUCAUGUAAGUUAACCCGUAUCAAUUUCUUACUGUGGAAAGCUCAAGGAACCGAUGAUCUUGCCAGGGAAUCACCAAACCCCGACUAUGAUACAUGGGCGAUUCAAGAUCAUGCUGUUAUUGGAGGCAUUCUUUCCUUGAUGACAAAAGAGGUUAUCCCUCAACUCAUCCGAUGCAUUAACACUACAAAGGAAUUGUGGACAUCCCUCCACACCAUGUUUUCUGCCCAACAUCGAGGGAACUCUAUUCAGAUUUGUACACAACUAUCCGCAACAAGAAAGGGAGACAUGAGUGCAACUGAGUAUUAUCAGAAGAUGACAGGUUUUGCCAACACCAUGGCAAACAUUAGUCAACUUAUGGGUUAUGAAGAAGUGGUUGGUUACACACUACCCGACUUGGGGCUCGGACACAAUGGUUUUUUCACUACUAUUACUGCUCUAAGCAAUGAGCAGAAGGUAACCCUCCCAGAGUUCUACUCUUAUUUAAUUGCAUAUGAAGCACAAGCAACCUCUGUGAGCACUACACUGGAGUAUACUUCAUCAUCCGACAAUGCCACUAGGCAUGAAUCCAAUGCCCCUCGUUGCAACAAAAAUAAUGGGCAUAAUAACUCCAAUAAGAGAAAUAACUAUCGUGGUGGAAGUAGGCGUGUACGCGGCAGAAAUAAUGGCGGCGUGCAAAAUAACAUUCGAAUUGAUUUCUCAUAUCAUAUUAGAUUAAGGGUUUGA